UAGAUAUAUCCUCCUCUGCCCUCCCACCUCACACCCCUAGGUGCUUUUUACCCCUUCUUAUGCUUCACCAAACGAGUAACUCUGCUUUACUCCUACCUCAGAAUACCUUCUCUCAACUCCAAGCCCAUCAACAGGCCUGGACACUUACACCACCAAACCACCUGCUAGUCAGCUGCCACUAUUCGCUGUAGACCAGCUGCACUGCGAGAAGAGUCGACUGAAACCGCCCAGUCUCAGAUUUCCUCGAGGGAGAUCGCGAACUUCACGUCACCGCCAACCAUGUCUCUGGCCGGCCAGACUAUGCCCGUAAGGGAGUCGGUACAUUCCAGCCGAGAGGACCGUGUUACCUCCACCAUUACAGACAAGAAGGAUCAGCAGUCACAAAGGACCUCUUAUAGAGACUCGCUUCCCAACGCACCACGACCAUCCGUCCAAAACGACGACGCCCCGAACGAGAACGAAAACGCAAAGAUGUACGGCGACUACUACGGAGAGAUGACGGGCCCUUCCCCCAAGAAGGCCCAACCCACCCAAACAGCACCAGCACUACCAGCCAAGAGCUCUCUGAGAGCUUCGAGACUCCUCGACGGCAUGGCCCUCAAGAUCAUCACAAACCAAUCCACACAAGCAGCACCCCAAGAAGUCUACCUCUCUUCCGAAGAAGAGGCUUCCUCCUCCGCCGACGAGUUUUCAGACUACGAUUACGAGUCCGAGAGCGCAGAGUCCGCCGACUCCCCCGUCCGCAGGAAGAGCCAAGAAGACACUGCCCGCGUCGUGUCUGUCGUCUUUGCCGGAAAGCCCUCCAUCAUCGACCUCCCCUCUACCAGAAGAUCCGCCUCGCCCGAGUCCAUGGAGUCCAGCAGGCCACCGAGUCGCUUGGUUAUCUCAUCAACGGCACCCUCGUCGCGUAGGAUGUCUACCUCCUCCACCAGCGGCGCCUCUUUCUCUCCCGUCUUCCACCCACCCAGAUCUAGCAGCAUGAUGAUCACCAGCAGCAUGCUACCCAAGGAGAAGCCUUCCUUCCUCAGCGUCGACCCCUACGCCAGCAAGCCUCUCGAUGAGCGGGCCGAGGAGCAACAAGUAGAGGCUGAGAGGCCCGAGAGACCCAAGACUCCCACUUCUCAACUAUUCAAGAGGACUCUCAGCAUUGUCCGCAAGCGCAGCCGUCCUCAGCUUAGAGACCUCGCUGCCAACAACUCCUCCCGCGAUCGCCUGUCUUCACCAUCACUGGGACACCUCCCCUUGUCGGCGCACGCCGACAUCAGGGAAGAGCCCGAGCAAAAGGCACCUUGGUCCGCAGUCAGCUACAACGAUAUCAUGCGUGCGGCCAAGAAGAACGCGCAAAACCAGCCCCCGACCCCAUCCACCCCCGUCGCUCAGGUACAAUCGCCUAGCUCACCGGCGGCCAACACCCGGAGCCGGAUCCUCAGCGGCUUCACCAACCGCAGAAAGAGCAUCAAGAUUGGCUAGUCGCCGCUCACCCACCAAAGAAAAAACACCAAACACAAAAGACACGUCCGACACUCAACGGCAGGGCACUUUGCUUGCAUC